AUGGCUAACUAUAUACUCAACGCGUUAACUAUACGAAGUGAGGAUGGUUUCGUUGAGCGGAGUCUCGAAUAUUUCUGGAGAUCCGAAAAUCUAUUCGACUCUUCCCUCAUCGAAGAGCACAUUACCGGCCAACCGCUGCUCUCGGCUUCCCUGUUUUUCCUCAUCUUCUGCUCGAUUUGUCUCACGAUAUUUGCAAUUGUAUUCAUUUCAUUUCGAUUUGUCGGCAAAUGUGGCGCACAGAAAUACCAGGAAUACCCGUCGAAUUCGAACCAAUAUGCGUUGUAUUUGAUGUUUUUCUUCAUUUCCUGGGUCAUCGUCACAUCUGCUUCAUCGUAUUUCGUGCUUGCCGGUUCCGGAUUUUGGAGCGAAAAGCUCGACUCGAAAAGGCCGAUUCCCGUUUUUAAAAAUGCCGCCGAAAUAAAAAGGAUCCGUCGAAGUCCGACCGGUGUCGCUGACUUAUUUUCGGACGCUGAUUAUGAUGGCGAUUUCGAGAGCAUCACCGAGGCGGCGAUUCCGCAAACAACGACUCUCCGACGAAUCACUAUUCGCCGCCUCAAACCGCCACGACCAUUGAUGCGCAAAAUGAUUGAGAUUCCGAUGCGGCCGCUCGCUGAGGUCACUUUUUCGGCAACCGAACCCAAUAUUCAUAAAAAACUCAAAUCGGAAAUCGUGCCCAAUCCGAAUUUGGCGAAAAAUUCGAGCACCACCCGAAAGUAUACAUUGUCGACGUUUGUCACAAAACCAUACAUGGAAGACGACGAAUCGAAGGAAGAAGCUGAGAAAACCGAAGAAAUUGAGGAGGAGGAGGAAUCGACUGAAAAACAAUUGGUGGUGACACCGACAAAUAUGCGAAUCGAGGAACACGAAGACGAUGAUUAUGAUGAAUCUCUGGAUACGACGACUGAAGUGCUGACUACAACCACUCCAAUAAUGACAACGUCGAUCGAGACCACUACAACUACAGUACCCUCGACUAGCACAACGAGACCAGAGAUCACGACUACAGUAACACCUUCACAACCAUCAACUUCUACAGUACCAACAACAACAACGACUACUACUACUACUACUACUACAGUAAUCAUUCCGCCGACUGAUGAAGUGACUUGGGAGAAGGUUGAAACGACGACGAAGAAUUCCCGAUUGACGUACCACAAUCUGCAUUCGAGGGUGAUCGUGUUCAUUUGCCGUCUCGCAUUUUCCAUUGUCGCCCUUCUACUAUCGUUCGUUAUUCUUCCAUCAUUUUUCUUCAUCGUUGCAGGCACCGGAUGCUACAUUUACAGCGAUCAUCCAAUGAAUCGAUCUAGCGUCUCGAAUAAGAUCGGUCAAAUCAUUUCAACGUACGCCUCAAUUCUUCUGUUUUCAUCGCCAAUUCUUUUGCUAUUCUCCGCAUUUGCUUUAUUCUACGCGCAUUGCCACGAAAUGCUAUGCGCCGCCAUUCAAUUGCAGUAUCAGCAAAACGCUGGAGCCGUCGAGAACACCCAGGAGAAGCUGCUGGAAGCGUAUUCGCUGAAUUCGGCGCAAUGCUCGAAAUCGUUGGCGCCGAUUCAGAGCCUACUGCUCUCAUCGCUUCUCAUAUCAAUUUCGAUUCUUCCGUGCGUGUUCGCCAUGUUCAAAUUGGUCAAAUAUUAUUAUCGGAUGAACAGCGAAUUCUAUUGGAAUGCGGCCGACAAUUUUGCCGGAAUUCAUCAUCAGAAUAUCUACAAAUCCCAGGAGCCGAAUCGAUACAACAGCACGGCGGUUUAUAGCGACGAAUAUUCGGUUUAUGGACAAAUCUAG